AUGUCGCAAUAUCCAAACGGUCAACAGGCAUACUACGGCCAAUCUACAAACCCUCAAGCCUCUGCCCAACCACCCACCGGCCACUAUGACGCUUAUUCAUCCCAAAACCCCACGCCGGACCAACAUUUGCCUCGCAGGAUGCCGAGUUACAAUGCUGGGGAUGAUUCUGGAUUCUUCAACCCUGCCCAGACCCAGAAUAUGAGAGCGACCGAAGAAAACAGACAAUAUUCAACACAAGGUAGUGGUUAUGGUGGUAGCGCGGGACAGGGUGGCUACAACGCUGUGCAUGGAGCCUUUGAAGACGACAGAGACUCGAGAUAUUCGCGUACUUCGUCGGACGCCAUGUCGCGCAUGUCUCCGAGUCGCGCCUCUUCGCAAACCUCCACCAUGUCUUAUCAGUACCAAUACUCUGGAGCACCCUCGUCCCAACCGGCCUACAACCCGCAGCAAUAUGGCCUUCCACACACGCAGUCGCAACCGGUCCUCGCUUAUAACCCCCAGACGUACACUGGCUCCAGCAAUGCUUAUGCCGCUCCACUCUCCGGCCACCAACCAUAUAAUCCUGCGGCAUACCAGUCUGCUGCAGUGUCGGGACUGAGCUCUCCCGUUCUACCUAGAAGGCAGAGUGCAGCUUCACACUACGGGCAGACACCGCCGACUCCACAAUCGUACGGCUUCUCCCAACAACCACCGCUUCCACCACCGAGGGGCGCUGAUCAUCCGUAUGGAGGACGUCCGUACCAACCCAUGUCACCGAAUCCCUCGCCUUCUUAUGUGCCGUCAAGCUCCCCGAGCAUAAUGCAUAUGCCUCCGCCUACAUCACGUCCUUAUUACAGCAACCCACAAGGGGCUGCGUAUGACCUGCCAUCUCCCCAGUACACCCCAGCAAUCCCCAGCGCUUCCUUUGAAGAGCAGCCCCCAGCGCCUCCAGUUCAUCAAACUCAAGCAAAUGGCCUGUACGGCAAGCGGCCAAGUGUAUCUCAUUCCGGGGCAGGGCGAACCCUGCCGACGCCCCCUGUACAGUUAGACCCGUCUCAACAACCACCGAGGCGAACUGACACUUUGACUCGACACCCCCAGUCCCGACCUCUUCCUGGACCGCCAGACGAUGAAGCGGGGGCAAAUGGCAAUCGCUGGCCAGCGGAAGCUCCCAUGGCAUAUGAAGAUGUGCUCAGAGAGGAUGAGGCGGCAGCAUUGGACUCUCAGAACUUUACUCGGCGUCACAGUUCCAGAGAAUCCCAUGCUAGUUCUGCUUCACGCAUGCAUUUCUCGCCUGAUGAGGAACACACCCACACCAACGGUAAUAUGGAGACAGGAGCGGGUCAUCACGUCAAUUAUGAUGCGUACAUUGACGAAAGCGAUCCCGAGGCUACUGCUGGUUUGAUUAUGAUGCAAGAAGACAUAGCGCGCGAGGAGCGUGAGAAAGGGCGGAUGCGACGUGAGACCAAUGCCUCAGUUCUCAGCUCACGUGGAUCCAACAUAUCACCAAGAGGAAAUUCACCACACUCUGAUCCCGAUGGAGAUAACGAUUCAAUCGUUCAUGACCUUGCACAGUACGAAGGAGGUUACCAAGCAAACAUGCCCUAUGGUGAUGAGCCAGUAUACAGUCCGGAAGAGCACUCGGACCCUGCCGCGGGCAACAGAUUUCCAGGCACAUCUGGUUCAUUCAGAAGCUCUGUGUCCCCCGAUGAGCGUGGUGAGUAUUAUAAUGACUACGAGCACCCGCCUAUUGCAUAUGAUUAUGCCAGACGCCUCCAUCAUACGCCGGCCGAUGCCAGGGUAGAUGCCAGUGGCACAGGAGGAUUAUCGGUACCCGAUGCGUAUUCUCGACGGAUGAGCUUUGACUAUGGUGAUGAAGGAGAAUCACCAUAUGAUCAGACCCAUUCUGGGGAUCAAUCCGAUGACGAGAGCCCCCACCGAUCUGCGCACGAAGAUCUGUUCUUCCACCCUGGGAUGCGUCCAUUGCCACCAGCACCUGUUGAGCCUGCUGGUAAUGUUGAUCUUGUGUCACAUUUGAUGCCCGCGGGCACAUAUAACCGCCACUCGGAGCAGCAGGAUGACUUUGAUAGUUAUUCACAGUAUAACAACCCCUCCAUGCCAACCUCUGCGGACUCUUAUGGCGAUGCUUUGCUGAGCCCGUCCCAAGUCCCGCGGUCGUCAUCUUUGUCGACUCCCAUUGGGCCUCGUACUGAUGCUCCUAUCAGAUCGAAGACCGAUGCGGACCGCCUGAGAUACAGGCAGCAGCAGCAAGAACUUCUCUUGCAGCUUCAGCAAAAGGACCUACCUCAUAUCGACCCAGCGGCGGCAGCAGCAGCGGCUAUGAUGCUGGAUCUGCCAAGCAUCCCGGCUGGCCGGCGCAAGAAGUUCCAUCCCGCGAAGCUGUCAUCGGAACAAUUCAAAAAGUGUAGCGAGCCGUGGGCUUUGAGCUCUCUCUUGUCCUGGAUUAAAGAUCUGAGCGAGGAUGAAACAGAUCUCAGAGAGCAAACAAUUGCCGAUGCCAUGGUUGCGUUGUUCACUCACAAAGUCCCCACUAUGAAUAUUGCUGAUGCCGAGACACUGGCUGCUCGAGUUGUGAGUGGUAUGCUCGAAGAAGGUGCAUUGGUAAAAGAAGAAGAAUGGGUCAAGUUUGGCUCAGGCACUCUUUCGGGUAUCCUGUUCCAGAUCACUGGCACUGGAUGUUACUCCCCCAGGCUCCACUUACACGAGAUGCACAUUGAGGGCACUGAUAGUUUCGGUCGAUGCUACUCGCAUCACUGUAUGCGAACAUUGAAGAAAGUCAACCUCAAAGCACAGAUGAUGGCACCGCAAAAGAAAAUCGAGGAUUGGGUCACUUUCUACAAGGUGCCCAAGGAGGUCUGGGAAGCUCAUCCGAGGAAAGAGGUCGAUAGACAGAACAAUUUGCACGAAAUUGUCACUACAGAAGACUCCUACAUCGCGCAACUGGAUGUCCUACGAGAACUUUAUCGUGAUCAAUUGGCUAAGAUGAAUCCUCCGAUCAUCCCGGCGAAGCGAUUGCCCAAAUUCGUGGCCGACGUGUUUGGCAAAGUCGAUGCUGUGAAGAGAGUCAACGAGGAUUUCCUGUUGGCACAGCUUAAAUACCGUCAAAAGGAACAAGGGCCUUUCAUCUCUGGAUUCAGUGACAUCUUCCGGGAAUGGAUUCGCAAAGCUAAGAAUGUUUACAUCGACUAUGCUGCAACCUUCCCAACGGCAAACUAUCUUGUGCGCAAGGAAUCUGAGCGCAACCCGCACUUCAAGCAGUUCCUGAACCAAGCUCGGGAACACAAACUGUCCAGUCGCCUUAGCUGGGAUACUUUCCUCAAAGCUCCGAUUACUAGAAUCCAGCGGUAUACUCUUCUGUUGGCGACUGUCCACAAGAAUAUGGUCAAGGAUUCCGAAGAAAAGACAAAUCUAGCACAGGCCAUUGAAGAGAUCAAGGUCGUGGCGCUGGAGUGUGACAACAAAGUGGGAGAGAUGAACAAGAAGGCCGACUUGAUGGAGUUGGCAUCCAAGCUGCAAUUGCGACCUGAUAUGAAGAAAGAAGUUGAACUCAAUCUCGAGCACUUGGGUCGACAGAUCAUCCAUCGAGGCGAGCUGCAACGUCCUGGAACCCGCACAAGAUUCCUUGUCGAUACACACGCCAUCUUGUUCGACCAUUAUCUUGUUCUUGCUAAGAUAUUUACGAUGCGCGACCGGGCAGUGAAGUACGAGAGAUACGAUAUUUCAAAACUGCCCAUCCCAAUGGACCUAUUGGGCCUGGAAAGUACCGACGAUGAUCCUGUGGUUAAAUCAUCCGUCAGGGGAGUUUCAACUGUCACGCCCUCCCAAGCGGGUGCUGCCAGCCCUCUUGCACAUACAGGGUCUGGUGCAUCUGGAGGAAACGGGGCCAUUGACAACUCAAGGGACGACAAGAUCCUAUACCCUUUCAAAAUCAAGCAUCUAGGCAAAACUGGAACAUAUACUCUCUACGCUUUCUCGGCACAAAGCCGCCUGGAAUGGUGCCAAAAGAUCAUCGAAGCGAAGACAAAGCAUGCUGCUGCUCUCUUCUCGCAGAACGCGGAGCCAUUCCGACUACGUGUGCUUGCGGACACUGCGUUCGAAUACUCUAGUCAUACACCCGGCUCUAAAAGUGUCACGAUCAAGGGCACCCCUCUCCAUCGUGCGAUCAAAGAAGUCGAGAAGCAAUAUGAAAGCUCGAAGACUCGCCCUCCAGCGGUAUGCAGGAAUGCAGUCAACUGUGCGACGGUGUUCCAACAACCGCCUGGGCGCAUUAUGUGUGCAAUUGGCACAGAUCAUGGUCUGUACAUGUCUGAGCUCAAUAACCCGCGGGGUUGGUACAGGGCUAUUCCCAUCACGCGGGUCACACAAGUUGCUGUCUUUGAGGAUUUCAAUUUGCUGUUGUUGAUUGCAGAUCGGUCUUUGAUUGCAUAUCACCUCGACGUGGUCUGUCCCGCCAAUGGAAAAACCUCCCAGUCAUCUCAAGAUUCUGCUCGACGAGCCCCGCAGAAGCUGUCUGGAAACCGUGAAGUGGGCUUCUUUGCCGCUGGUCGUCUGAAGGACCGGUACUUGGUCCUGUACAAAAAGCGCGAGGGUUUAUCAUCUACAUUCAAGGUUCUCGAGCCCGUCCUGCAGAAAUCAUCCACAAAUAAGAGCCGUCUGUUCUCACGUCGCUCACAAACGGAGUUCUUCCGCGAUUACGAUGAGUUCUACAUCCCUGCCGAGACCUACCGAAUCAACAUGUUCCACUCCUCGCUCGCCAUCUCAACCCAAAAGGGCAUUGAAGUCCUCACCCUCGACAAGAAACUUUCAUGGUCUGUCCCAGACUUUAGCGCCAACAAUACCGAAGAUGCACACGAUACUCUACACAGCAUCGCCAAUCGCAUCAACGGGCUCAAGCCGCUGGGCAUGUUCCGUCUCAGCGAGAGCGAGUUCCUAGUAGCUUACCAGCAGUGCGCUGUGUACGUCAACAAGCACGGCGACGUCUCUCGCAGUGUAGUCAUGGAGUUCGUGGGCAGCGCACACACAGCCUGUCUCUAUGGCAAGUUCCUAAUUCUCUUCAACGACGACUUCGUCGAAGUCCGCAACGCAAUGAACGGCCGCUUACGCCAGGUUAUUCCCGGCCACAAUGUCGUCUGCAUCGACGACGGCAGCAAAGUGCCUGGCUCGCUCGAUGGAAAUGCACAGGCCAACACCGGUGGCUCGAUGAGUCUGGCCAGCGGCUUCUCUGGCGCCACAAAUGGCUCCCCGGCCCCCACGGGUAUGGGCAACACGGUUAAAAUCUGCAUGCAACAUCCAGAGUAUGAGCGGAGCCAGAUUGUCUUGGAGCUUCUCGAGAAUGAGGGGCAAAAAGACUAA